UUCCCUGUAGCUCGGGGUUUCCUUGCUGGCCAGCAGCAGGUUGAAAGCCAUGGAAUGACCAGGGCUGCCCCUGUCCCAGGUUCCUGCAGCGGCUGCCAUGGGCUCUGUGCUUUCCUUCCCUGCUGCCAACACCACCUCGAGGCAGAGGAAGGAGGAGGAGGAAGAGGACUUGCUCCAUAGCCAGGACCGUGAGGAGGACAUUGCCAAGUUCCCCUAUGUGGAGUUCACGGGUCAGGACAGCAUCACCUGCCCCACGUGCCAGGGCACCGGCUGCAUCCCCACACAGCAGGUCAAUGAGCUGGUGGCUCUGAUACCCUACAGUGACCAGCGGCUCCGUCCACAGAGAACGAAGCUCUAUGUGCUGCUGUCCGUGCUGCUCUGCCUCCUGGUCUCGGGGCUGGUGGUUUUCUUCCUGUUCCCACACUCCAUCCUGGUGGAUGACGAUGGGAUCAAAGUGGUUCAGGUGUGGUUCGACAAGAAGAACUCUGUUGUCAUCCUCUCCAUCACGGCCACCUUGCGCAUCAGGAACUCCAACUUCUACUCGGUGACAGUGACCAGCCUCACUACUCAGGUGCAGUACAUGAACACCGUGGUGGGCACCCAGCAGGUCAGCAACGUCUCCAGCAUCCAGCCACUGAGCGACAAACUGGUGAAUUUCACUGUGAAGGCGGAGCUGGGUGGUCCCUUCUCCUUUGUGUAUUUCUCUUGCACGUUUCCCAAGGCGAAGGUGCACAACAUCCUGAUCUUCAUGAGGACAUGGGUGAAGCUCUCGUACAUUGGGCACACGUCACAGAGCAGCCUGGAGCGGCACCGCUACGUCGACUGCAGCACCAACUUCACAGCCAGCCAGGACCUGCUCCCAUUGUCCCCAUCUGCCUGAUGUGCUGAUGGGUGUCCAGAAGGGACCAGGAGCUUCCCAAUGGAAGCAGAGGGAUCGUGCAGGACUUUGGUGGGAGAUGCCUGGAAGCUCCGUGUCCCUUUCAUGCUGUUCCAUGUGCAGUUGGGCUGAGCUUCUGGCUGGGCCAUGAAGCUCUCUUGGGAUGUUUUCCCAGCUCCAGGGUCCUGCUGUUCUCUUUGGUUCUGGAGAACUGGUUUUUGGUAGGAAAACUGCACUUCCAGGCAUUGGGGGCUGAAGUUCCCAAAGAUUUCGAGUUGGUUUUUGCAGCUCUCAAAGCUUUGCCCUGUGUCAGGUCCCUCAGGGUGAACUACUCUGUUCUGUGCAAUUGAUUUAUCCUGCUCUUCUUCAGCAGCAGCAUGUCCCUGGCUUGAUCCAAAGCAAACCUUGGGAACAAAGAGAUAGUUCCCAUAAGGAACGUGCAGGUAAAGCUUCCACCUCCUUAACUUGUGCUCGGCAAAGGCACCUUUGGAACACACUCACCCUCCGUGUGUUUGGCACCUCCAGCACACCCAGCCCCAAACCACCUGGAUAGAGGUGCCUCGGGAAGUGUGGGGCUGGGGAAGGCUCCGUGUGCAUUCCACCUUCCUCCUCCUCCUCCUUUGGACCUUCCUCUCCCCACAGGGGGCAGCUGCAGGGCCUCUGGGCUCUCACAGCUCCGUGUCACUUGGUGCUCAUGCCUGACACAGUCAAGUCUGGAUUUACACCAGUUUCGGGGGGGUUUGGUGUUCCAAAGGGUUCACUCCAGGAGCUGUUCCUGAUGGAUGGUAUCAGCUGUGUUCCUAAAGCAAAGAGACCCCAAGUUCAGCGCAGCCUGUGCUGUUUGCAGCUUGGAGCCUCUCAUCCCUUUGUAGUUCCUCUGGAAUUCGAUGCCUGCCUGCACCUACCCCGUCCUUCAGAUGGGAGGUGGUGUGAGCCUGUGUGAGGACACAGAGCCCGGCUGGAGCUGGGGGCAGUGCUCAAUGAAGGAUGCUUUAUUUAGUGGGAAUGUGGAUUGAGAGCACACGGUGCCUCUGUUAGGAAGUGGCAUUCCUGCCUCCUGAGGUUUCUAGCAGUGAAUUCACUCAUUAAAGCCG